AUGGAGAUCUCUGUAGCGAGACACCUUGCAGAUUGUGUGCUAAAUGCGUGUGCGAGAGCUCAAGCUGGUGGUAAAGAACUACUGGAGGAUGAUAUUUUCGAUGAAAAUGAUGAUAUUAAGCAGGAUGCUAUCAGACUUCUGAAGUUUAUUCAGGGCUCUCAAAACAGAGCGGAUCGUGUCGCAACUGAAACGUCUAAAAUAGUACUUCAUCCGGCCUUAGAACCAUACAUCAAUAAAUGGGGGGGAAAGCCACAAAUCUUUGGAUCAGACAAUUCCGACAUUUCUUCAGGAACAAAAAUCCCAUUCCUAGUACGAAUUUUUCGUCUUGCAUGCAACACCAAAGAAUCAGUCGUCGAAAAGGUGCGCUCACGAUUUUAUUAUGUUUUUUGGUAUCGAGUCUACCAAUUUUAUGCUAAAGAAAUCGGUACUCACCAUGAUAUCUAUACCGCCAUUUCAAUCUGCAUUGUGCAAGGAGGUCUAUCCGAAUUCACCGAGGAGAAGAUACGAGGGGAAUUGGUACGCUGGGUAAAAUAUGGUGAGAGGUUUGAGCUCUUGGUACGGGAUUUGGGGAGUGAAAGGGUUUUGUUUCUUCUUCCUUUUGAAUAUGGAGAGAUAUUUUGGUUAGAGAAAGUUCCAAAAUCGUCGGGCCAGAGACGCGAUAAUUUGAUCAGGUCACUACAUGACAGACUCCACAAUACAGAAGACGAGGCCAACCAAACCCACAUACACAAUAUUGCAACUGCCGUGUUGCGCUAUCACUUGGAUUCAAUGAAGGACGAGUUCGACAUGCCCUAUAUACUGUCUAUAUGCACAGCCUCUAGGAAAAGGAAAUAUCGUGGCAGGGGGAUGGACGCCAAAGCGAACAAAGUCCAUAAGCGUACACACAACGAUAAGUUCUACGAUCUCGGUAAAGCUCGGCUGCAAAACACUGAGGCCACUGGAAGUGUAGUCAAUGCCCAAGCGCUGCAAAAUCAGCACUAUUGCUUGAAGUCUCCGACAGUAAUUCAAGUUAAAGAUUUGUCUAAAUCUUCGCAGACAGAACAAGCGCUUUCUAAACCACAACGAACGGUAAAAAGCCUAGAUACCAUGGGUAAACAAUCGAGAGAGGAUGCCGGAAACGCACAUGAAUGUGCAUCGCGGGAUACAUCGAGAGUGUCCCAUCUCGAUACCUUAUCACAGUCUGGAAAUCAGGAUCCGAAGGUAUACGAUAUCCGAAAGGAUAUCGAGUAUCGCAGUUCAGAGGCAUAUAGAGCUAUAAAUAAGGAUUUCAGCAUUACUUCUCGACAAACCGAGCAGUCGGCGUCGGCAUCUAAAAACGGUUCUGAUGCGAAUAUCACAGCUACACCAUUCGCCUCUUUCACUGUAAACACGCCUAAUCCCGGCGAUUCGAAUCCCUCAUACCAACCAUAUUUUGACCCUUCCAUAUAUAUGGAAUCGGUUCCUGAGACGUAUAAUAACAUUCUUCCAUCCUUAAGGUCUUCGAAGUCCGCAGAAACUCCACAAAUUACCUUGGACAUGAACGGCGCUCCACAAUUGAAUGCAAGUACAGACUCUGCACAAAGCUUACCAGAAGGGUUCUUCGACCCGUCAAGCUAUAUGCGGGCGGCUGGCUGGUCGUAUAAUGGUACCAUAGGAGCGUCUAUCGAUCAGUCAAUAUUCAUACGGGAUCUAGAAACUGCUUCAAGAGACACAUCACAAAUAAAUACAACGGAUAUAGAUUAUGGACAAGUGUCACAAGGUCUGACAGAGAAAUUCUUCGACCCAUCAUUUUACUACAUGCGGGCAGUCGACACACCAUACGACGAUAGUAUUGGGCAUUCCAUAUAUCCUAUGAGGGAUAUACAAGAUCUGCAAAACACUUCAAAUGCGAAUGAUGCACUAGUGUCCGAGAGUAGAGCGAGCGUCGGUGCUACACAAGGAAUAUCAGAAUCAUUUUUCGACCCAUCCAGCUACAUGAAAGCAGCCCAACAAGUAUACAAUGGUGGCGAUUUAUCUGCAGACUCUUCUGGGUAUGAGCAAGGCGCACGACCCAUCUUAUACUCAAAUGAUUGGCUAUUACCACAUGGAGCAAGUCCAAAUCAUACAGAAACACGUACCUUCGUGGCGCAUAACUCCUCCUGCCAAAACCAACAAGAUUUAUCCGCUUGUUAA